CUUGGAUUCCUUGAUCUUAUCUCCAUUUGCUUCCAUCCUCUCUCCAGCAACCUCCCAUAGUGAGGUGACGAAACGAGCACCAGUAUCGUCGCUCUUUCACCAAUUUGGACAAGAUCAGUUUUAGGUGUUCUUCAGUUUCUUGUUCCUCCAACCUGCAAGAUCAUGGCAGAGUCGCUGCUUCUCCCUCUGGUGCGCGGUGUGGCCAGCAAGGCUGCAGGCACACUCGUGGAGACGGUGACCCGCAUGUGUGGCCUUGACGACGACCGCCGAACGCUAGAGCGUCAGCUGCUAGCCAUCGAGUGCAAGCUGGCCAACGCCGAGGAGAGGAGCGAGACAAAUUGCUAUGUCGAGAGCUGGAUGAAGGAGCUCAAGUCCGUCGCCUACGAGGCCGACGACGUGCUCGACGACUUCCAGUACGAGGCACUGCGCCGCCAGUCUAAGAUUGGCAAGUCCACUACCCGCAAGGUACUUGGCUACAUCACGCACCGCAGCCCAUUGCUCUUCCGGUUUGAGAUGAGCAAGAAACUCAAAAACAUCCUUGAGAAGAUCAAUAGGUUGGUUGAGGAGAUGAACAAGUUUGGUCUGGAGAAUUCUGUCCAUAGGGAAGAGCAGCAACAUCCUUGGCGGCAGACGCACUCCAAACUGGACAACUCUACAAAAAUAUUUGGAAGAUAUGAUGAUAAGGAGGUGGUAGUGAAGUCGCUGCUAGACCAGCAAGAAGAGCAGAAGGUGCAGGUGCUGCCCAUCUUUGGGAUGGGAGGUCUUGGCAAGACAACUCUCGCUAAGAUGGUGUAUAAUGACCAAGGUGUCCAGCAACAUUUUCAGUUGAAGAUGUGGUACUGUGUGGCCGACAACUUUGAUGCCAUUGCUCUAUUGAAAUCUAUCAUUCAGUUGGCUCAAAAUAAAAGAUGUGAGAUGUCUGACACCAUUGAGCUGUUGCAAAAGCAACUUGAGGAAGUCAUUGGCCAAAAAAGGUUUAUACUUGUGCUUGAUGAUGUGUGGAAUGAAGAUGAGAGGAGCUGGGAGGAUGUCCUGAAGCCUCUUUUGUGUUCUCUUGGUGGACUAGGAAGCGUAAUAGUCGUCACAACUCGAAGCCAGAAAGUGGCCUCUAUAAUGCAGACCCUUCGACCCCAUAAGCUAGCAUGUCUGAGUGAACAAGAUUCUUGGGAAUUGUUUGCACAGAAAGCAUAUAGCAACGGAGUAGAGCAGGAGCAAGCAGAGUUGGUCAGCAUUGGCAGACGUAUUGUCAACAAAUGCAGGGGGUUGCCUCUUGCUCUCAAGACAAUGGGUGGAUUGCUAAGUUCAUAUCAACAAGUACAAGAAUGGAAGGCCGUUGAAGAAAAUAAUAUUGGGGAUAAUGUUAGAGGCACAGAUGAGAUCAUGUCUAUAUUAAAGUUGAGCUACAGACACCUAUCAUCUGAAAUGAAGCAAUGUUUUGCAUUUUUAGCAGUUUUCCCCAAGGACUGUGAGAUGGACAAGGACAUCUUGAUCCAGCUAUGGAUAGCAAAUGGUUUUAUUCAAGAGAAGGGAACAAUGGAUUUGACACAAAGAGGAGAAUUCAUUUUUGAUGAGCUGGUUUGGAGGUCCUUCCUCCAAGAUAAGCAAGAGUUCAGACAACAUUUGAGUAUAGGAAGUUAUGUGAGUAUUAACUGCAAAAUGCAUGAUUUAAUGCAUGAUCUAGCAAAAGAUGUCACAGAUGAAUGUGCAAGUAUAGAAGAACUGACUCAGCAAAAAGCAUUGUUAAAAGAUGUUUGUCACAUGCAAAUGUCAGAUACUGAAUUGAAACCAAUCAGUGGGUUAUGCAAAGACAGAACAUACCUCCGCACUUUAUUAGCUUGUUCAGAAUCACACAAGGAUUUUAAAGCGUUGCUACAGGUAUCAGCCUCACUAAGAGCAUUGAAGUGCUUUGCUUCUUCAUUUGUCGUUUGCAAGGCCAUAAAUGUAAAACAUUUACGGUAUCUUGACCUCUCUGGGUCUAACAUCGUUAGCUUGCCAGAUUCAAUAUGCGAGUUAUAUUACUUGCAAACACUGAGGCUCAUAGAAUGCCAGAAGCUGCGGUGGUUACCAGAAGACAUGGCAAGACUAAGAAAGCUCAUGCAUCUUUAUCUUUCUGGUUGUGGUAGUCUCGAAAGUAUGUGUCCCAACUUUGGUCUACUGAACAACCUUCACAUAUUAACAACAUUUGUUGUGGAUACUGGAGAUGGCCUUGGAAUAGAGCAACUCAAAGACAUACAACACCUUAGCAAUAGGUUGGAGUUGUUCAACCUGAGCAAGAUAAAGAGUGGGGGGAAUGCAAAAGAAGCCAAUCUCAGUCGAAAGCAAAAUCUAAGUGAGUUAUUGUUCUCUUGGGACCAAGAAAGGUAUGAUAAGCCUAAUGAUGUGGAAGAAGUGCUCCAGUGUUUAGAACCUCAUAGUAAUAUCCAAAAGUUCGAGAUACGUGGAUAUGGUGGCCUACAAAUAUCACAAUGGAUGAGAAAGCCUCAGAUGUUUAACUCCUUGAGAGAACUCGCAAUGUCCAACUGCCCAAGGUGCAAGAGUAUACCUGUAGUAUGGCUCUCGGUCUCUCUAGAGACACUGUCGUUACGGAGGAUGGAUAAUCUGGCCACAUUAUGUAAUAAUUUUGAUGUGGAAGCUGGAGGACGCAUUACCCCUCUACAAAUGUUCCCAAGGUUGAAGAAGAUGGUGUUGUUUGAGUUAGCAAGCCUGGAGAUAUGGGUACAAAAUAGUGGGUGGGAGCCUAUCGACAGCUUGGUAACGUUCCCGAUGCUUCAAGAGCUAAGGAUCGAAAAUUGCCCCAAGCUUGCAAGUAUUCCAGUGAUCCCCAUUGUCAGCGAGUUGACAAUAGUUGGGGUUCACAGUACUGCAGUGGGUUUAGUUUUUACGAGGAUAGAUUUGGGCUCCUGGCCAUUUCUUGACAGCUUAACCCUUGGGUCUCCAGAAAACAUGCCCAUGUUGUCUCUAGAGACCCAAAAUCAAAGAUAUCUUGGAAAAAUGAACCAUUGGAGUCUAGUUUCCCAAAGUCAAAGAUCUCUUAAAAAGCUUAAGCGUUUGACUCUGGAAGGGCCCAACAGCUUGGUCACAAGCUCCGGAUCGUACAGAUCACAACUUAUGUUUCAGAAAUGCUUUCAAUUCGUGGAAGAUCUGACGAUUGAUAGAUGCAGCAAUCUUGUCCGCUGGCCAACAGAGGAGCUCCGGAGGUUGGAUUGUCUUCGUGUUUUGCGUAUCACUUCUUGUAUGAACCUGGAGGGGAACACUUCAUCGUCUAAUAUGAAAACCCUUCCGCUGUCCUUGGAGGAAUUAAUGAUUGCAUACUGCUAUAGAAUGGUGGCACUGCCUUCGAACCUUGGAAAUCUUGCCAAGCUGGUGCAUCUCCAUGUGAAGUUCUGCAGUGGUCUUAAAGUGCUGCCUGAUGGGAUGUGUGGCCUCACUUCUCUUAGGGAUUUGAGAAUUUGGGGUUGUCCAGCUAUGGAGAAAUUCCCGCAUGGUCUCCUGGAGCGGUUGCCAGCCCUUGAAUUCUUAAUCAUAGGACACUGCCCGGAGUUGCAAAGACGAUGUAGAGAAGGUGGAGAGUAUUUCGACUUGGUGUCCGUUGUCCCACAUAAAUCAGUAUCCACAUGAGUUCCCUGGUAAUAAUUUCUGAGAGCAUCCACAUCAUGAAGGAAGCAACCACCAAAGUCUUUUUUUAGCAGAUGCGGAGAGGAAGAUCUGGAUGCAGCAGAGGGUUGGAAGCCUGAAUAUAUCUGAACGAAAUAUUGUUGCUUCAUCUCAAGUACUUCCUGUAACUGCUUAUAGUGUUAAGCUUUUAACUGUGGCUGUGGAGUGUUGUGAACAUAUGCUACUAACUGUUAGCAGAUGCCCCCAUCUGCAGACGUCAAGCAUAUCAACCUCGUAUUUUCCUCU